AUGCCACCCAAAACCAUAUUUCUCACCGGAGCACCCACAACCCACUCCCUCAACUGGGACGAAACCCAACUUCUUCACACCUUCACCGAACCCUUCAUCCAAUUCCUACAUCUACCUCCACCUCCACCUCCACCCACUUCUCCACCGGCCCCUCAUAUAAAUCCAUACCCGAACUCCGCACCGCCACGGAACAAUACAGAGAAUUAUACAAACAACAAUACAAACACAGAAUCCAUAAAUUUGUCCACUCCCGCAACCUCAACCUCAACCCCCAAUCCCACUUGGCGCCAACUCCCCCUCUCACGUCAACAUCUCGCUACGGGAGUUUCUCAAGAUCACGCUUAUCAACCCCUUUAUAGCUGUAACUAUAACUAUAGCUAUAACUAUAAAAAUGGAAAUGGAAAUGGAAAUGGAAAUUAUGCCAAUGAUUUCUUCUCUACAACAACUUUUAUAGCACUAUCGCAGGGAAAAUCUCAAUCUCAAUCGCUGUCGCUGAAUCAGGAUUCGGAUUUCUCUGUUGAGUACUCACAUGAUCAUAACCAUGAUGAUGACCAUGAUCUCCAACCUAUCGACGCAAUCCUCUCCCAAUUCUACGAACAUUCCUACGCUAUCCACGCCGAUAUCCCCUCUUCUCAAAUCGGCCCCUCCACCUCUAUCUCUAACACCGACCCCAGCACAUCCAUCUCCACAUCCUUCUCCUCACCUUACAACUCCCCAUCCCUAAUUUCCCCCUCUCAACCCCAACCCGAUCCCCUCAUCCCACUCCCCCUCUCCAUCCCCCUAACUCUAACCCCCCUCUCCCACAUCCCCCCCGCGCAGCACCUCCUCUCCCUCCACCCCCAAACCAUCACCCUCAACCUCAUCACCGGCAUAAUUUCCAUCUCCCCCUUACGAACCAUCACCACCAAACGCGGCGACACCAUCUCACUGAUCGAGCUCCUCGUCGGCGACGAAACCAAAAGUGGAUUUGGGAUUACCUUUUGGUUAUCCAACCCAUCCCACAAACCAAACGAAAACAACAAUAAAACAAACCCCCCCACCCUAGAAACAACAACCCCCCUCUCGCACCUCCGCACACAAGACACAAUCCUCCUAAAAAACAUCGCACUAGGUACUUUCCGAGGAAAAGUACACGGUCAGAGUUUAAGGCGCGAUAUGACGAAGUGUUGGUUGAUGUAUCGGGAGAAGAUUGAUAGGAGGGAUGUAGGGGGUUUUUAUGGGGAGAGGGAUGUAGAUGCGAAUGUAGAUGUACAGUUGGCAAAGGUAAAGAGGGUACGGGAUUGGGUGAGGGGGUUUGUGGGGGUUGCGCAUCAUGUGGAUGCGUCGAGAUCUAGAUAUAGAUGUGGAGGGGAUGUGGGGGGAGGGAGAGAGAGGGAGAGGGAGAGGGAAGUGUUACCUCCGGAUACGCAGUGA